AUGGCAGACAAAACAAUUGUGGCUUUUGACCUAUACGGCACGUUGCUGUCUACAGAAUCUAUUGCGAAGCAACUAGAGACGUAUAUCGGUACGAAGGCAGAGGCUGUCUCCGCCCUCUGGAGAAGAUAUCAGCUGGAGUACACGUGGAGACUUAACAGCAUGGAACGCUACGAGGACUUCUCGAUCGUCACAAAGAACGCCCUGGUCCAUGCUUUGGCCGAGCACGGCGAGCAGUUGAACGACAACAACAUCACUGCUUUAAUGGAGGCCUACGAUCAUUUAUCGACUUUCCCCGACGUCAAACCUGCCCUCAUUCGGCUAUCAGCCGACGCGAGUAUCCAGCCAGUGGUAUUCUCCAACGGAUCCAAGACCAUGGUCUCUAAUUCCGUGCUACGGUCGCAAGAUCUCUCCAUGCACGCCAGUAUAUUCCAAGAUCUCAUCACCGUCGACGAAGUCCAGCGCUACAAGCCCUCACCCGCGAGUUAUAAUCAUCUGGCCACCCAGAUGGGAAAACAGGAAUCGCAGAUGGACCAAAUGUGGCUCAUCAGCGGUAACCCGUUCGAUGUUGUCGGGGCGCGGAGUGUUGGGAUGCAGGCGAUCUGGGUUGAUCGAGUAAAUAAGGGAUGGCAGGAUGCGGUGGCACCAGAACUACGGCCGUCGGCAAUUGUACACAGUUUAGAGCAGGUCGUCCUGGUAGUCCAGGGUCGCAGAUAG